AUGGAUGCAGAAUAUCUCAUUCCUGAACAAAAGAAAACAGCGAGGGAUAACAGUCACCUGCAAGUCGGAAUGGGACGACGGUUUCGUGCACUCAAAAUCUAUUUCGUGCUGCGUCAUCUUGGAGCCAAAUACAUUCAGGAAGCACUGAGAAAGCAGGUUCGAUUGGCGGCGUUGUUCGCAGAACUAGUAACAAACGACGAGGACUUUGAGUUGUUCGUCCCACAACAUCUUGGACUCGUGUGCUUUAGAAUUAGCAACAGUACAAACGAAGAGAAUGCAGCACUCUGUAACGCAAUCAAUAAGGAUCGACGGGUUUAUAUCUUGCCAGCAAAGGUAGACGGUAAACUCUUCCUUCGACUUGCCAUAUGUAGUGUACUCACGACAGAAGACGACAUCAGAUUUACAUUCAAUCUAUGCAAAGAAAUACUAGCAAACACCAGAGCAGCGUUAUUGAAGCCAGAAAUGCAGGAAUUACAAGCACAUGCCGAAAAUUAUCAGCAAAACAUCCUAUCUAUCUAA